CUGUAUAAUUUUAAGACUUAAAAGUAUGAAAAGCAAAGCAUGCUUUGAGAUUAGCCUGGCUGACUAUUUUCCUUCAGUAAUUUCCCUUCUACAUCAUAUAAUGUACAUCAUAUGGUAGAGAACUUUUAGUAAGAAUCAAAAUAAUAUUUGACAUUAAAGAAACUGAAGCUAAUGUAUUUCUCCUCUUCAGGGCGUGGAGUUUUCACCACUGGAGCUUUUUUCAGAGGUGAUUUUGUUCUUGAAUACAGAGGUGAACUUCUGAGUUCACAGGAGAGUCUGGACCGAACUGGACACUACACUGAAGCUGAGAACACGUUCCUGUUUGAUUUUCAGUGGCAUGGCAAAAAUUGGUGCAUGGAUGCAUCUAAAGAAGACUCGUCUUUGGGAAGACUUGCAAACGAUGAGACCAGAAAUCCUACUUGCAAAAUGAGAACUGUUGAAGUGAGCAGAAAACCUCACCUGUGUCUGUUUGCUGUACGAGACAUUCUACCAGGAGAGGAAAUCACUUACAAUUAUGGAGACUCAGAUUGGCCAUGGCGAGUCAAGCCUUUGAAUAAAGCAUCAGCAGAAUCCACUGAUAAAAAGCCAGCCAGCAGUUUGCGCCUGCAUAAAUCCCCCCAUUGUGCAGCUUCUGUUUCCUCUCCUGAACUGGACAAGGUAAACAGCAAUGGUCCUCAUAAGCAGUCAGGCAAAGCAAGAACAUCAAGGAAUAAAAUGGUAACCAUCUUAAACAUGCAACAACUAUCUACUGAUGUUUACUGCCAGCUAGUUAAAAAUGCAAUAAGUGAUUUCUGAGAAACACUUAAUAUUUGAAAUCGACACCCAAACAAACACACCCCUCCCUUCAUUGCUCCGCCCCCAAAAUAAUGAACACGCAACACAGUAAACCACUAUUAGCUGGUGCUCAGGUGUUCAAAUAGAAAAUAUCUUUAUUGCUGGCAAACCAUAGAAUGGUUUGGUUUUAGUUGAUUUGUAGGUGCAUAUCGACUUCAUCCAGCACCCGUGUCAUUUGAAAUGUAUUUAUCUACUCACAAUUAAAAAAAACAAACAAGAAAUUAUUUAACGCUGCAGUC